AUUGGUCUUGCUGUUCGAUUUUCUGUUCAUGUUUCUUGCCGGCUCUCCCCCACCUCUGUCAAUCCGACAGGAGUGAAACCAGGCCCGCCAGGGUCGAUAUGUGGCGGUGCAUGUGGGAAAUAUCAAAUGUGGCUGAAAAUUUCAGUUCUCCCGCCUCGCCGCACUUUUCACCUCCAACUCCACGAAUUGUAGUCCUCUCUUCACACAUAUUUUACGCCGAAUCGACCUGAAAAGCCCUCAAAAUGGGCAAACGCAAAGUCGGCGCCCUCGAAAAGGUCGAGGCCGACCUCGUCAACCUGCAGAACAAGAUUCGUCGGGACCCGAUCUCCUACAGGAACGACUUCCAGAACCAAUACAACCAGUAUGAUUCGCUGUUCUCGGUGAUCCAAGAGUCGCCCGCGAACACGGACGACAAUGGGCUGGUGUCGCUGCAUGAGCUGAUCGAUAUGAUUGCGCAUGUGGCGGACUGCUAUCCCGAGCUCACGAAGAAGUUUCCCGAAGAUUUGAUGUUGUUGUUGUCGAAGCAUCAUGCGGAGUUGCAGGUGGAUUUGAGGGAAAAGAUAGUGGGGAGUUUGGUGCUGUUGAAGAACAAGCAUGUCAUAACGUCCAAUACCCUUCUCGACACCCUUUUCCCGAUCUUAGUGGAAACACCUAGCAAAGUCUUCCGGUCUCUACUUCUGCAAAAGAUUCUGUCCGACCUCCGUUCGUCGAAUGCAAAGACGACCAACCAUAAACUCAACCGCUCCACGCAGACAUACCUCUUCAAUCUCGUUGCGUCCGACCGAGAGUCCACGAAGGGCUUAUGGGCCGUUAAGAUCACGCGCGAGCUCUGGAAACGUCAAAUCUGGACAGAAGCCAAAGCCGUCGAGAUCAUGAAAGAGGCCUCCCUCUCCGACAACCCGAAAGUCAUCUCUGGCGGCGUUCGAUUCUUCCUCGGCGGCGACAAGGAGCGCGAAGAUGCAGCGGACGAGUCGAGCGAUGACGAGGACAUCGACAUCAACCAAUUGCGCCACCAGAUGCAGAUUAACAAGAAAUCGAAGAAAAAGGGCCGCGACCUCAAACGGGCCGUGGUGACGGUGAAGAAGAAGGAGAAAAAGAAGAAGAAUCAACCGCAUAUGUUGAAUUUCUCCGCGCUGCAUCUGCUGCACGAUCCACAGGGGUUCGCCGACUCGCUGUUCUCCAAACAUCUGCAGCAGGCCAAAUCGAAGCUGAACCUGGAGCAGAAGUUGUAUGUGUUGCAGCUUGUAACACGAUUGAUCGGCCUGCAUCAAUUGCAGAUCACCAGUCUAUAUUCCUAUUUCUUGAAAUACCUUACGCCGCGGCAACCGUCGGUGACGACGUUCCUCGCGUCGCUCGCGCAGGCCACGCAUCAAUUGGUGCCGCCGGAGUCGAUCACGCCGCUGGUGCAGAAGAUCGCGAACGAGUUUGUGUCGGAAGCGGCGGCGUCGGAGGUCGCGUGUGCGGGGUUGAACGCGAUCCGAGAGAUUUGCGUGCGGCAGCCGCUCGCGAUGGAGGAGCCGCUGCUUCAGGAUCUGAUCAUGUACCGGAAGAGCAAAGACAAGGGCGUGAUGAUGGCCGCUCGGGGUUUGCUGAGUCUGUACCGAGAAGUUGGGCCGAGCAUGCUUAAGAAACGCGAUCGUGGAAAAGAGGCGGCGCUGGGGCUUAGGAGCGGCGAGUUGACUACGAAGAAGUUCGGCGAGUUUGAGCCGGGUGUGAUUGAAGGAUUGGAGCUACUGGAGAAGUAUAAAGAAGAAGAAGCGCUGCGGAAGAAGGAAGAGUCGGGAUUGGCUGAGGGGGAUGAAGAAGCUGCUGAUGAGAAACGUAUUGAGGAAGAUGAGGAAGCUGGGUGGCAGAAUUGGGAUGUCGAAGCUGACGACAGUGACGACUCUGGCGGCUGGAUCGACGUCCAGAGUGACGGCGAGGAUAUCAAUUUCAGUGAUAGCGAAGACGAACGAGCCUCCAAAAGAAGGAAGACGGCCGAAGAAGCUGCGAAAUCCACCGCUACAGCCGCAAAAGCCACUGAGCCGCCGACCGACGCGGCCAAAGAGAAGAGUCCCUCCGAAACGCUCGACCCCGAGCAGGCCGCCAAAGCCCAGUUCUCCAAAUACGCCACCUCCCGCAUCCUCACCCCCGCCGACCUCGCCAAACUCCAAGAACUCCGCACCCAAUCCUCCGUCCUCGGCGAGAUGGACCCCACCCACCGCAAACACCACCUCGACCGCGCCGCCGCCCUGCGCGCGAAGCAAAUCCAAGCGCAUAUCGACGACCCGCUGACCGCGGAGGCGAUCGAAGCGGUUGGCUCGCUCUCCUCCAAGAAGACGAAAGAGGAGAAGAUCGCCGCCGCCAAAGGAGACCGCCAGGAGAAGCACAUGAGCACAACGGCGCUGCGCAAGCAGAAGAAGGAGGCGGCGGGGAAGAGCAGCACGAAUAAGGAGAAGUCGCGGCAGAAGAAUUUCAUGAUGACGUUGGGGAAGGCGAAGGCGAAGAAUCGACGGAGUUUGGUGGAUAUGAGGAAGAGUUUGGCGGGGCAUGCUGCGAGGCAGAAGAGGGGGGGGAAUAGGGGGAAUGCCGGAUAGAUUGGGUUAGAGGCGUAUACCAAAUAUAUUGAUGCAUUGGAAGACGGAUCUUGUUUAUUGUGACGAUAGCACUGCUAUGAAUGACGUGAUUACGUCUGAUAAGUAUUUUGCCAAC